ACUUUGCAACCGGCCUGGUCGUUGUGACAGAAAACACAGGAAUAAACAUAGGGCCCUUCCAGGCAGGCUGGCUCUAUUUCCCAGAUUAUUUAUCCCAGAUUAUUUCCCAGUGUAGACUCUAUAUAAAAUACAGUUUAAAGCAGAAAACCUGGGAUCAGAUGCUCGGAUACAGGGCCUGUCUGGAAGGGCCCGUGGUUGCUUCAUGACAAUCUGACCCUUGACUGCAUGACCACAGCAAAAAAAAAGUGGGAUCAUCUGGAAGCUGCCGGCCACGUGUGUUUCCUCAAGGAUUCAUUUAGCUGUGAGUCCUCGUUGGUCGUCUCAAAGCUCAUCUCCUCGGAGAACUUUGAUGCAGCUCUGGCCAUUCACCUUUAUAAAGCAGGCAGGCUGCUGCAAGGCAGCAGAAUUCCUUUUGGUGUCAUCUUUGGAGGUACGGACAUCAAUGAAGACGCCAAAUGUGAAGAGAAGGUCCGGGUUAUGGAGGCAGUGCUAAACGAAGCCAGGUUUGUCGUGUCUUUCACUGAGGCAAUGAGAGAAAGAGCCAUAUCAAACUGGCCUCACGCCAGAAACAAAAUAUAUGUCCAGCCUCAAGGAAUCGUGACUACCCCCAACGUUUCUUUUAACUGGGAGAAAUGUUUGCAGAGUGCAGGGAUUCCCCACGACGGCAACAGUUUGUGUUAUUUCCUCCUAAUAUGUGGUCUGAGAAGAGUCAAGGAUCCACUCUAUCUAGCAGAUGCUUUUGCAGAAUGGCACAGAGAGGACCCCAGCGUACAGCUGAUUAUCAUUGGACCUGCAGUCGAUCCAGUGUUUGCAGAGGAAGUGAAGGAGAAAGUACAAAGGGCGGAUGGGGUACAUUUGCUGAAGGAGAUCCCCCAGGAAGACCUUCAUGCUGCUGUGAAGAAAUGCUUUGCUGUUGUGAACAGUUCCAUUUCAGAGGGGAUGUCAGCCGCACUCUUAGAGGCCAUGGAUUUAAACGUUCCAGUACUGGCAAGGAACAUCCCAGGAAAUGCUGCGAUAAUCACACACCAAGAAACCGGGCUGUUGUAUUCAAACCCUGAGGAAUUUGUCCAACUGUCCAAAAGCCUGAUCAGUGACCCUUGUCUUCAGAGAAAGAUCGUAGCAAGGGCAAAGGAGUAUGUCACAAAGCACCACUCCUGGGAACAUGAAAGGAAUGCUUAUCAAAACUUUGUGUUGAGCCUCCACUGACCUAGUGUUUGGAUUCGGGAUCCCUUCAAAAUCGUAGAGUUGGAAGAGAUCAUCACGUCGUCAGAUCUAACCACAUUCUACCAUGUAGGAAAAGCUCAAAGUACUCAUUGCAAACAACCAUCCAGGCUCUUCCCAAAGAAGGACAUCCGACCACAUUUCAAGGGACUUUCCAACACCUCUUACCGUCAAGGUAGUUGGAACUUUCCAGUACUUUUACCCCCCACUUUUCUGAACAUCUCAUCAUCUGUUUUAGGAGGACAUCAACCAAGCCUUCCGUCUGGCAAGGUGGUUGAUAGUAGACCCCCACAAUGAUGUCCCAGUUGUUUCUUUCCUCCAUAAUUUUUAUCCAGAUGCUUUCAACCUGGCUUCACUCCCAAUCUCUUCACAAGUCAUACAUAACGCUACUUCAGUUCAAGCAUGAACACUGAAGCAUGAAGGAAAGCUUUCUGGGUGGUUGCUCCCAGUGUCUGGAGCUCCUUGCUACAACAUCUGACUCAUAGAAGGACCAUCCAGUCCUAAACCAUUCUGCCAUGAAGGAAUACACAAAGGACCAACACUUCUGCUAGGACUCCAUGAGAUCAGGGUUCAAAUCCCUGCUCAGUUGAGGAAACUCUUAAGAAAACUCUAGGAGAAAAUGGCCGUAAAUUGACUUCAAAACCAUAGGGACUCGUUGGCAAACAAAGACCAAUGGGUUGCAUUUUCCCCGUUGCUGUUCUACUUGGACUAAAUGACAACAACGGGUGGGGAUGGGUCUCAAUUGUGCUUCAUGCAAACAACUCUUUCAACUAAUGUUUGCAUUAUAUGAUUGCUUUAUAACGGUACUGAAGUCCUCAAGAAGUUUUUGUGAACCUCAUAAUUUAUUUGAACCAGGGAAAAAUACAAUAAUUUAUGUUGUGAUCUGAUAAUUUUGUUUGCUCCUCUCAAUCCUGGGCAUUUCUAAGCAACAGUGUAGUAGAGACCAAUGCUUCCAAAACUGAUGGCAGUUCAAUGCCUUUGUUUCUCCUUCCAUUCAUGUCCAUUUGGUUACACACUCCUGUGUAAGUUGGAUGUUUGUAAUUUACCCGGAUAGGUAAGUCGAAGUUAGUGUGUGUGCAGAAACUAAGAAAGCCCAGCCCAAAGUUGAAAUCAAUUUUAUCAUGUUCCUUUUUGCUUGAAAAGAUCAUUCCAGGUUGCCUGUCAGUCCAUCAGUUCUCAUCUUCCUAUUUUUAGCAAGGCUGAAAGUCUCCCAUGGCAUUGUAAUUAUCCCAAUCAGAUAUGUCAAGAGAAUUUACAGCUUGAGAACAUUUUGUUCCAUUCAACAUAUGCAAAUCAGAUCCAUUUGGCCUAAAUGCUUUUAUUAAGAGGUGGGGUAGGGGGGAAAGAGAGAAAACCCCAACAAUUUGCUAGAUUUAUUGAGCAAUUUGGGAAUGCCUUUGAAUGAACGGGAGAGAUUUGUGUGACAGUCUCUCGUGCAAUAGAAAACCUCGCUGCUGUAAUCCCCUUGACAUUUCUUCUUUCUUCAAUUAAUGUAAUGUUUUUUUUCUGUAGAGGCCUACGUAUCUUAGCCCUGAGACUGGGCAGACCCUGAAAAGGGAAAUACUGUUGUUGUUGUUUUAUUUUUGUUUUUUAACUUAAGUUGUAUAAAACACGUAUACAUACCUCAGGGCAGUUCUCAUCAUCUCAUCCAGGAAAGGGACAUAAUCCCCACACAACAGCCUAGGUCCAUUUCCCAACACACCUUAUCCCUGGGAACCCAUUCAAAUCUCAAACACCUGAUCUGACCCCCUUUCUUGGAGUCUAUUCAGGCCUUGCCAACACCCUUGCCACCCAUUGUUUAGAUACCCAAGACACAUUGUCUCCAGGGAAACAAGAAUGUAGCUCCGUGGUUCUCAACCUGGGGUCCCCAGAUGUUUUUGACCUACAACUCCCAGAAAUCUCAUCCAGUUUACCAACUGUUAGGAUUUCUGGGAACUGAAGGCCCAAAACAUCUGGGGACCCCAGGUUGAGCACCGUUGAUGUAGCUAUUAGCAGCCAUUGACUCAGACCCCACACACAUUCCUUUCCUCCUGAAUCCCACCAUGAGUGGACCUUCCUUUUGGCCCCAAGUGGAGCCAGUCAGCACUCAUGGCAGUAGAAGUCCUUUGUUUAAAACCACUGUCACAGUCCUAUAAACAUUUCUGUAUGUUUGCAUUGAGUUAUGUCAGAUACUACAAUGUUGAUUCUGCCGGCAUCCACUUUGGCCAAGGUAGAUAAAACCUCUGUUUUUUUGUCUUUGA